AUGCAGCUGCACUGGACGAGCCUCCUGUUGCUGGCGUACCAGAGCUGCGGCGUGGUGUACGGCGACCUGAGCACGUCGCCGCUGUACGUGUACAAGGGCACCUUCUCCGGGUCGCUGCACCGGUUCCUGGACGAGGAGACGGUGUUCGGCGUCUUCUCCGUGGUGUUCUGGACCAUCACGCUCAUCCCGCUGCUCAAGUACGUGUUCAUCGUCCUCGGCGCCGACGACAACGGCGAAGGCGGCACGUUCGCGCUCUACUCGCUGCUGGUGCGGCACGCCAAGUUCAGCCUGAUGCCCAACCAGCAGGCUGCCGACGAGGAGCUGUCGGCGUACUACAGGCCCGGCUACUCCACGGAGGACACGCCCAUCCUCAAGGCGCUCAGGAACUUCCUCGAGAAGCACAGGAAGUCGCGGACGUUCCUGCUCCUCAUGGUCCUCUUCGGCGCGUCGCUCGUCAUCGGCGACGGAGUCCUCACGCCGGCCAUGUCAGUGCUGUCGUCUUUCUCUGGUCUCCAGGUCCACUCCAGUGCGUUGACACACGGUGAGGUGGUGCUGCUGUCGUGCAUCGUGCUGGUGUGCCUCUUCACCCUGCAGCACUGGGGGACGCGCCGCGUGGCCUUCCUGUUCGCGCCCGUCGUCGUCCUCUGGCUGCUCCUGCUCGCGGCGCUCGGCAUCUACAACAUCGCCGUGUGGAACCCGAGGAUCCUGCGCGCUAUCUCUCCCUACUACGUCGUCAGGUUCUUCCAGCGCACCGGCAAGGACGGCUGGAUCUCGCUCGGAGGAGUGCUGCUCUCCAUGACUGGCACAGAAGCUAUGUAUGCAGAUCUUGGCCACUUCACAGCUGCAUCCAUAAGGGUGCUGGUCUUCGUCUGCGUCAAGGCCGUGCCCAUCCCGCACGUCCGCUGCUACGAGCGCCACCUCAUCGGGCGCAUCGGCCCGCGCGAGUACCGCAUGUACCGCUGCGUCAUCAGGCACGGCUACAAGGACGUCCCGGGCGACGACAACGACUUCGAGAACGACCUUGUCGUCCGCAUCGCCGAGUUCGUGCACAUGGAGGCUGCCGAGGCCGCCGCCAACGCCGACGACCCGCGCAACAGCGACGCCUCCGUCGAGGGACGCAUGGCCGUCGUCGACCGCCCGUUCGACCUGUCCCGUACGGGCCUGCUCAUGCGGGCGCCGCUCCCCAACCCGGAGGACAGCAUCGUCGUGCGCGCGGCCACGGCCGCCGCCACCGCGGACAGCAGCAAGACGGAGACGAUCCAGUCGCUCCAGACCAUGUACGAGGCCGAGUCGCCGGGGUUCGCCAUGCGGCGGCGCAUCCGGUUCGAGAUCGACGACUCCACGAGCGAGAGCAUGGACCCGGCGGUGAAGGAGGAGCUCAGCGCGCUCGUGGAGGCCAAGCAUGCCGGCGUCGCUUACAUCAUGGGGCAUUCCUACAUCAAGGCAAGGAAGAGCUCGUCGAUCAUCAAGAAGAUAGCCAUCGACGUGGCUUACACCUUCCUCCGCAAGAACUGCAGGGGACCUGCCGUGGCGCUCAACAUUCCGCACAUCAGCCUCAUCGAGGUUGGCAUGAUCUACUACGUCUAGCCCAGCAGCUUAAUUUUAUUUUAUGUGUACGUGUUCAUCAGAUGAUUCAGUUGUUUGAACUGAGGCUAAUUUAAUUAGGUUUGAG